GUGGGGAAUGGGUCAAUCCUAAACCAAGGUCUUCCACUAAAAAGGAGAGUUUUAUGAGGAAAUAGUGAAGAAAUGAAGGGAAGCUGGUGCCAAGGGAGCCCAUUGGAAGGAGCCCAAGGAUAUUGUGAGCAGCCUGUCUGCUGCCGGGUGGCCUGAGACUGCACAGCUCUACGGUGAAGGCUGGAAGGUGCAAGCCAGGAAGUGUCCAGCAGGAUAAAAACAGACACACGGAGUAUUCCUGCUGCUUUCAGCAGCACGUAGGCUUGGCAAAACCCACAGCAAAAUGGUUAUCCAGAAGCCCAUCUGGAAUCACCAAACAGGUUGUUGUACCACACCAGAAAAUUUCAGCUUGGGAUGAAAAUGUAGUACGUAACGGGAUAGUGCUGAUGGCGUGAAGAACACACCAAGCAUUACUACCUGCACAAGCAGUGAAAAUCUAACAAAGCAGCUCUCUUGUUCUCAACCAGCCAGCAAAGCAGCAGGGAUGGGCACAGCUUCUACAGUCAAGCAAAAAUUUGUCCUGUCAGUGUAGUAAGUGAUUAGGAAGUUACCAGGGCCCCGAAGACACGAACCGUGUCCUCCAGAAGCCGAUUAAGACAAGGCUGGGUUAAUGAAAUUCAGCUAUGUGGAGGCCAUGUCGGACUACAGCUCCCGGCAUGCACCGCGGCCGGACUACAGCUCCCGGCGUGCGCCGCGGCCGGACUACAGCUCCCGGCAUGCGCCGCGGCCGCACCACAGCGCCCAGCGUGUCCCGCGCGUGCAAGAUGGCGGCGCCCAGGGGCGGCUCGGACUCGGACAGCGGCGGCGAAGCGGCCGCGCGGUUCCGGGAGGCCGCCUGGGACUGCACCGCGCAGGCCGCGGCGGCGGCGCGGGCGGAGCCGCGCGGCGGGGGCUUUAGAAAGGAUCGGUUGCCGCCUAAAGAUCAGCCAAGCCUGAGGCGUGAGACAAUCGGCCGCGAGGAGGGCGACAAUGAGCUCCAGACCACGCCAGAGUUCAGAGCACACGUUGCAAAGAAGCUGGGAGCCAUGCUGGACAGUUUCAUCACUGUCCUGAAGGACUCAUCAGGACCAUCGCAGACCUUGGGGGCACAGCCUGACUCUGAAGAUGAUGAAGAUGAUGGUUUUCGCCUCUUUUCCUCCUCUGUCCCUGGAGACUGUGGGAAGCCAGAGCCUUGCCCUGCAGCGAGGAGGAGGCCGGUUAGCUCCAGUGACACAGACAGUGACCAAGAGUGGCAAAGGUGCCAGGAGGCUGCCAUGUCAGCUGCGGAUAUUCUGAAGCAAAGUGCUUUUCCUGCAUUGUCCCAGGGUUCCAGCCAGGAUCAGACUCAGGGUUAUGGAGAGCCCAAGCAGAAAAAAAAGAAGAAGAAGAAGAAAAUUAGGAGUGAGAACAAUAUUCAGGAGAAAAUAAUAGACUCAGCAGAGUGUGACCAGAUCUGCAAAGAUUUGCCUCGGCUGGUGUCUGCAAAUGGCCAGCAGGAGAGACAGAACAGCAAUCACAGAGAGAACUCUGUGCUGCCAGGAGCUGUGAAGAAGAAAAAGAAGAAGAAAAAAGAAUGAUGAUUUUGCUCUGCAAACGGCAGGUGGUUGUGAUGGAUGAAGGAAACUGAAAGAAAACCUAACAACAAGAUUUGCUGCAGAUGAGGGAAAAUUAAUUGGCAAAGCCUCUGUUCAAAAAGCUCAGUGGCCUGAGAGACUAAUUAAGUGACUUCCUGUGCUGCUGGCGUCCCUGAGGAAGGGAACAUUGUUCUCCUCACACAGCAGUUGUCUGUGCUGCUGCUUGUGCAGGCCAGUCUGAAAGGAUUAAAUACCGUGCCAGCCUUGCAUGGCAGAGGGAUGUGAUUAUAGCUGCAUUCCUCCUGGUCUGUUCCUUCACAUCGUGAAACCUUUCUGGAGAAAGUACAUGAUGAAUUGAAUUUGGUUUACAUGGCAACAGGUGAUCAGCUGCUUUUUCUCUUUGUCUUUUUGUAGACUACUGAGAACAGCUCCAACCUGUGGGAGACUCAUUUAUCAAAAGCAUCCUGUCAGAAAUCAGGGCCCCUUGUUUUCUCCCUGCGAUCAUCAUCACAAUCUGUUGUUGAAACCUGCUGUGUUCCUAAUCCCUCUGCAAUCUGCACCUCUCCAGGGCCUCUGCACAUAAACAGUGUGUGGUGGGCUGAUUUCAGGGUUGGUGUAAAUGCAUCCUGCUCUUCCAGUUGUGUCCACUGAAUUUUUUUUCAUGUAUAGGGGUUUUUUUUAAUGGCGUCUGUUGUUAUUAAAUUUUACUACACUCUUGGACCUA